CAAACUUAAACCACAAGAACAGUUGACCUUAUCAGUGGAGACUGACGGAGAAAAGGUGUAAUACUGGAAGGGAAUGGAAUCCCUUCAGAUCGAAGUUAGCAGCUGCGAUCAUGGGAGGAGUGGACGCUAUACACAUGCCCCCUGCGUCCAGGGUUCUGUACCUCGGAGCGGCCAGUGGGACCAUAGUCAGUCAUGUGUCGGAUAUUGUUGGCCUGGAGAGCCUCGUGUACUCAGUAGAGUUCUCCCACCGGUCGGGCAGAGAUCUGAUCAUUGUAGCCAAGAAGCGCACCAAUAUUGUCCCUAUUAUAGAAGAUGCUAGACAUCCACUCAAAUAUAGAAUGCUAGUGGGUAUGGUGGACACGAUAUUCGCCGACGUGGCUCAGCCAGACCAAGCUAGGAUAGUGAGCCUGAACGCGCAGCACUUUGGAAGAAUGGCGGGCAUUUUGUUAUUUCAAUUAAGGCUUUCUGCAUAGACUCCACCGCGCAACCAGAGGCAGUAUUUGCUGCUGAAGUGAAAAAAUUACAAGCAGACAAACUUAAACCACAAGAACAGUUGACCUUAUCAGUGGAGACU